AUGUCUUCGCCAUCAUCCUCCGGCUCAGCGAAACGGAAACGGACCACCGCCUCUGAUCUCGCGAAGUCAUCCACCACGGACAUGCUGCAGCCCUCCUCCCGCGACGCCUCCGGCGAAGAGCUAGCUGAUUCGCCCUCGCAUAAUACGCGACGCAAGCACGCAGCCAGCAGCUCGAUCGACAACAGCAGUUCACCUAACAAGCGAGCACGAACGCGGUCUAAUGCCUCCAACACUGCGCCUGCCAACGGCCACGACGAAGAGAUCGCACAGCUGGACCCUGGCGAGCCCAGCGAAAGUACACAGGACAGCCAGGACAUCGAGAGCAAGAGCCGCAGUCGACAGAAGAGCAACAACAAUGCGAGCAACAAGGACCUCAUGGAGCCCAUAGCUGACGAUCAGCGAGCUAUGAAGGAGACACCCAAGGAGCUCAUUCAUCCUGCAGGCUACCGCACCAACGAUCCGCCCACUGGACGACCUGUUCGUGUCUACGCUGACGGCGUCUUUGAUCUCUUCCAUCUCGGCCACAUGCGCCAACUCGAACAAGCCAAAACAAUCUUCCCCAACACCUACCUCAUCGUCGGCGUAACCGGCGACACCGAAACCCUCAAACGCAAAGGCCUGACCGUCCUCUCCGGCGCCGAGCGCGCCGAAACCGUCCGCCACUGCAAAUGGGUCGACGAAGUGCUGCCCAACUGCCCCUGGAUCGUGACUGCCGAAUUCCUCGCCGAGCACAACAUCGACUACGUCGCACACGACGACGAGCCCUACGGUGCGGACGAGGGCGAUGACAUCUAUGCCCCGAUCAAGAAGCAGGGGAAAUUCUUGGUGACGCAGCGCACUGAGGGCGUGAGCACAACGGGGAUCAUCACGAAGAUCGUGAGGGACUAUGAGAAGUACAUCUCUCGACAAUUCAAACGGGGCACGACUCGUCAGGAGCUCAAUGUCAGCUGGCUGAAGAAGAACGAGAUGGAUAUCAAGCGGCAUGUCACCGAGCUGCGUGACUCGAUCAAGACGAAUUGGACGGCGGCAGGUGGUGAGGUCGGGCGCGAUCUGAGGGCUUUCUGGCAGGCAACCAACAGUCGACCAGCGAGUCCGGCGCCGUUCUUGAGGAGGAUGAAGAGUGAUGAGGGAGCGGGUAACGGAAGUCUGAAGAGUCCCACCGACCAUCUUAAGCAUUUGGAGGUGCCCGGCAGUGCUGCCUCGCAGCGUGGCGACAGUCCUGGGCGCUUGGGCUUUGGCUUCAGCAAGAGCGAGGACUUUGCACAGGGCUAUGCUCUAGGACUGAUUGGCGGGGUCAAGAGUUGGAUGGCAUCCCGCCGCGGCAACAACCGCACCGAUUCCCAGCCUCCUUCUCCUGGUGCCUCAGACAGCGACGAGGAUAACAACCGCAGUCCUGUCAGUGGCGACGAAGAGGCAGACAACAAGAAGAGCCCGACAUUCAGUUCCGGUGCCUCGGAAAGGGGAAGAAAGGUCGGCAGAAGGGGUUUGACGGUGCUCAACGAUGAGCUGAAGCGGGACCCGUUGGAUAUUGUGCACUGA